AGCAAGACCCCGUCAGCGAAGGCAGGUUGCCUUUGGCUCCCGGUCCCGGCGUUUGCUUGCGGCUUCCGUCGUCCGCGCACACCGACGACGUGGAGCAACGGCCAGCGCACGUAAGUGCCCGCUCUUCCAGCCCCACAUUUGCAUCCGCUUGCCUUCUGGCACCACGCCACCACCUACCAUGCCGACGUUCCCGCGCGCCGGCCGGUGGUCCACCUCCAGCACAUGGCCACGGAAAACCGCCGGCGCGGCGUCCACGGCGCUGGCCGCCGUCGUCUUCGCGGUCCUGGACGUCGCCGACGUGAUCCUCUGCUUCGCGUACGCCCUCCUCGACGGCGUGCUCGAGGACAGCCCCGUGCGCUGCUACUGCCACAGGAGCUACGACGACGGCAUCCGCGAGGCGGCCGCGGGGGCAUCAGUGGAUGGCGGCGGCCACGAGGAGGUCUCCGACACGCUGUACGCGUGCGGCCGGAGGAGCACCGUCAGGGACGCGCUGCUGGGGCUCGUGCGACGCGUCGUGCCGAGGACUAGGAGGACACGGGCGCCGCCAGAUGAGACGGUGGCGCCGUGCAAGUGGCGCAGCCCCAGGUGGUCUGACUGCGCGUGUAAGUCGUGCGUCGCGUGGCGGUGCGGCGAAGAAGGCGGCGGCCGGCUGCACGUCGUCGUCAAAGAGCCGGGCCCGAAAGAUGCAGCGGCAGCAGGAACAACAACACGCGCCCCUGAUCCCGAGAACGCCAUCUUCGUGCACGGUUUCGCGUCGUCGUCGUCCUUCUGGUCGGAGACGGUGUUCCGGGAGUCCUCGUGCAUCCUCGACGGUUGCAGGUUGUUCGCGGUGGAUCUCCUCGGCUUCGGCCGGAGCCCCAAGCCUGCCAACUGCAUGUACAGGGUGAGAGACCACGUGGAGGCGAUCGAGAGAACCCUCAUCCUCGCCGGCGACGGUGAAUCGCAGAGUCUGAUGAGCUCCUUCCACCUGGUCAGCCACUCCAUGGGCUGCACCAUCGCCCUCGCCUUGGCUGCCAAGCACCCGACGCGAGUCAAAUCCAUCACGCUGGUUGCACCGCCGUACUUCCUGCCGUGCGAGCAGAGAGCGAGCCAGGUGGCGCUCAACAGGCUGGCCGAGAAGAAGCUGUGGCCACCGCUGCUGUUCGGUUCCGCGGUGAUGUCGUGGUACGAGCACGUCGGGAGGACCGUCUGCUUCCUCGUCUGCAAGAACCACCUGCUCUGGGAGUGGCUCUUCAGCCUCCUCAACCUCAACAGGGGCGUGGAUUUCAGGGUGAGGGAUCUGACGAAGCACACUCACCACUCGGCGUGGCACACCAUGCACAACGUCAUCUGCGGCGGGGCGGCGCUGCAGGACGCGAACCUGGAGGCCGUCGCGGCGGCCGGCAUCCCGGUGCAGGUGCUCCACGGCGCCGACGACCAGGUGGUUCCGGUCGAGUGCGGCCGCCAUGUCAAGGCGAAGAUCCCGCGCGCCAAGCUCCGUGUCAUGGAGAGGCGCGACCACUCUACGGUGGUUCUCGGCAGGGAGAGAGGCUUCGCCGAGGAGCUCAAGGCGUUCUGGUGCGCUUCAAGGUCCCCGGUUCACGUCCAGGAUGCGGAGGUUCGUCGAGGACGCUCGGGCCCAGCGAGUGCGUUCAUGGGCCAAGCCCUCAAAGGCUAUCCUACCGUAAAAAGAGAUUAGACGAGUGGGCAAUUGAUAAAAUUUUAAACGCGUUUUUUCAUGUAAAGCAAUUUGAAUAAAUUUCCAUGUAAAAAUGUAUUUUUUUUUCGAACGGAGAUCACUCCAUUUCUAUUACUUGCAUAACAGAAAUACAAUUGUUCUUAUCCA